CAUCAAUCACUGGUUUGACAAUUUAAUAUAGCAGGUUGAAAUCUUAUGUUUAACCUGUGCAGUAAUUACAUCUGUAGGUUAUACUGCUAACCCUGAAGAGACAACAUUUAUUGGAUUAAUUGCUGUUUUAGAGGCUUCCCCAUCCUGAGAACAAGCAAAGUAAAGUGUUUUCUUGAAUACUUGGAAGUCUUGUUGUAAAAACCGUGAAUGCUGAUGUGCAUUAAGCCGUUUAACAACAGGUCAUACAGACUGGAGUCUAAUAGGCAGAGUGUAGGGGCGGCAGUAAAUAAGACAGAGCAGGCACAGUAGAGCAUUUGUUUGAUUGAAGGAAGGACCUUGCCCAGUGUGUGAAGCUGCUGGCUGACUAAGAAAACACACUAAAGCACAUCAUGAUGCCUCAGCAGGUGCACAGACUGUUCCAUAAAUCUCAACUCAGUGUAUUCAGUGCUUUGAUUCUCCAUCUUGCUGUUGCCUUCCUUCUCCUAACACACCUUCAUGGAGGUCAGUCUCAGGCCAUUGGUCAACCUCAGCCAGUAGUGGCAAUAAUCGGUAAUGGCAUCACUUUGCCAUGCCAUGUGAAAGCUGCCACGGAUGUCGUUAACGAGAUGCUGGAGUGGUCGAGACCUGACCUGAACCCAAGAUUUGUCCAUGUGAGGCGGUCUGGUGAUGACCAUUUGCAUGAUCAGAAUCCAGCCUACAUAGGAAGAACAUCAGUGUCCUCUGAUGGACUGAAAUAUGGAGAUGUUUCACUGAUGCUCUCCCACGUCAAAAUCUCUGAUGAGGGACAGUACAGAUGCUUUGUUCCAAAUUUAAACACAGAAUGUCAUCUUCAGCUUGUUGCUGUAUCAGAUUCUGUAGUGGAGAUAAUCAAAGUCAGCAAAGGAGUGUUACAGUGUGAGUCUGCAGGCUGGUAUCCAGAGCCUGAGGUGUUGUGGCUGGACGGUGAGGGAAAGCUCCUCUCUGCUGGACCUACAGAGACAGUCAGAGGUCCUGAUGACCUCUAUACUGUCAGCAGCGGAGUGACUGUGGAGAAGAGACACAGCAACAGCUUCACCUGUAGAGUCCAACAGAAGGACACCAAUCAGACCAGAGAGAUGCACAUCCAGGUUCCGGAUGAUUUCUUCGUGGACUCAUCUCAUUCAUCUGCUUCUACCAUCAUUGGAUUGGUUGUUGGCAUGAUGUUUAUUUUUGCAGUUCUCUUCGUUGUUUGGAAAUUGAGACAGAACACAAUCAAGAGUGGGAAAUAUUCCUGUGGAUGAAGAAACUCAGAGAGUGGAUACAGGAUCAGCCUCAGAGCAGGAGAGUCUGAUGGAGGGAGAAACAGACAGAGAGAAGCUCACAGCAGAGAACGGGACAAAACAGAAUCAGAACAAGAUGGAAAAAGAAAAUAACAUUGAAUGUUCAUUUGAAAAAACAGGACUUUCAUGUCAGGUAGAAGAGGAAACACACCAAGAGAAGACAGAGGCAACAAAGCCUGUAAAUUCUGAAACACCAGCUCAGGGUCUGCUGGAUGGAGAUGGACAACAACAGAUCAUGGCAGGAGGGCAGGCGAGGAAUGAUACUAAUGAGGAAAAAAAUGAAGAGCAAACACAAACUACAAAUAAUAAUUCAUCAGAUCAGGUGCCAACUGAUGAAGAAACACCACACAAUGAUCCCCCAGCAGGACAAGGGACAAAUAGUGAUUCAAAGAAGAGAGAGGAGCCCAAGAGAGAAGAGAGGUGGAGAGAAGAGAGCAGUAACAGAGGAGAUGAAGCGGAGAACACAACAACUACAAAAGAAGACACAGCAUCUCUGUCUCGGGGGAAUGAACAAACAAUUUGGCUCCCAGAAGCUCCUGCACAUAGUGAUUUAUACAAGAAAGAUGCAGGCAAAGAAACAGACUCUACAAAUAACGAAACAGAGGGUGAGUGUUCAGCUGAUAAAGACCCAAAGCAAAGUCAUCCUACAGCAGUAGCAGAAACCAAUCAUGAUUUGAAGGACACUAAAGAAAAUGUCACUCCAGGCCCAACAAUGAGUGAAACCCACCAAGAACAACCAGAUGAAAAUGGGGACAAGAAAAAUCAAGAAGAGGGUCCAAACUCACUUGAUACAGAAAAACAAGUCAAGAGUCAGAUGGAUGGAGAUGGAUGUCAGGAGGUCAAGGCAAGAGAAGAAAGAAACAGUGAUACAGACAA